AUGCGUGGUGAUUUAAUGACAGCACUUAAUCCAAUUCCUCUUUAUAAACAAGGUGGCGGAGAAGAAAAAGCUGAAGUUGCUCGAUUAUCAGCAUUUGCUGGAGCUUUGGCUAUUGGUGAUCUAGUCAAAAGUACUCUUGGUCCUAAAGGAAUGGAUAAAAUUCUUCAAUGUAAUAUGAGUGGUGGACCUGAUGCUGGUAAAUUAUUAGUAACGAAUGAUGGAGCAACAAUUCUAUCAAAAAUUGGUGUUGAUAAUCCAGUAGCAAAAGUUCUUGUUGAUAUUUCAAAAGUUCAAGAUGAUGAAGUUGGUGAUGGUACAACAUCAGUUGUUGUUUUAGCUAGUGAACUUCUUCGAGAAACAGAAAAUUUACUUGCACAAAGAAUUCAUCCUCAAAUAAUUAUUUCUGGAUGGCGUAAAGCAACAAAUGAAGCAAUAAGAAGCUUAGAAUGCAUUGCAAAAAAUAACAGUUCUAAUUUGGAACAAUUUAAAAGUGAUCUUAUGAAUAUUGCUCGUACUACACUUAGUUCUAAAAUUCUUCAAGGACAAAAAGAUUAUUUUGCAAAAUUAUGUGUUGAAGCUGUACUUAAAUUACAUGGUAAAACUGAUUUACAAGGUAUUCAAAUAAUAAAACGAUUGGGAAAUAAUAUGAGUGAUUCGUAUCUUGAAGAAGGUUUUCUAUUGGAAAAACGUAUUGGUAUAAAUAUGCCAAAACGUAUAGAAAAUGCACGUAUACUUAUUGCUAAUACACCUAUGGAUACAGAUAAAAUAAAAAUAUUUGGUUCACGUGUACGUGUUGAUUCUGUAGCUAAAGUAGCUGAAUUAGAAUUAGCUGAAAAAGAAAAAAUGAAAGAUAAAGUUGAUAAAAUACUUCAACAUGGUUGUAAUGUAUUUAUUAAUCGACAAUUGAUUUAUGAUUAUCCAGAUCAAUUAUUUGCUGAAAAAGGUGUUAUGGCUAUUGAACAUGCUGAUUUUGAAGGUGUUGAGCGUUUAGCACAAGUACUUGGUGGAGAUAUUGUUUCAACAUUUGAUACACCAAAUAAAGUACGAUUAGGCAAAUGUAAUUUGAUUGAAGAAAUAAUUAUUGGAGAAGAUAAACUUAUCAAAUUUUCAGGUGUAGCACAAGGUGAAGCUUGCACAGUUGUAUUACGUGGAGCUACACAACAAAUACUUGAUGAGGCUGAACGAUCAAUUCAUGAUGUUCUUUGUGUUUUAUCACAAACUGUUAAAGAACCACGUAUUUGUUAUGGUGGAGGUGCCACUGAAAUGUUAAUGGCUACUGCUGUUUCUCAAUUAGCUGAAAAAACACCAGGCAAAGAAUCAGUAGCUAUUGAAUCAUUUGCUCGUGCUCUUCGUCAAUUACCAACAAUUAUUGCUGACAAUGCUGGUUAUGAUAGUUCAGAAUUAAUAGCUAAUCUUCGUGCUGCUCAUACUUCAGGCAAAUCAACAUAUGGUCUUGAUAUGGAAAAUGGCAAAAUAGCUGAUAUGGUUCAACUUGGUAUUCUUGAAUCAUUUCAUCUUAAACGACAAGUCGUUAUUAGUGCAGCAGAAGCCGCUGAAAUGGUAUUACGUAUUGAUAAUAUUAUUCGUGCACCACCAAGACCUCGUCCACGUGAUAUGCGUCAUCAUUAA